UUUUUGUUGAUUUAGAACUAGCGCGCUUUAUGCAAUUUCGGCGUUCAACUUCGUAAUUUGUGAAACACUGUCGUUAGUUAGCGUCGUCGGAGAAACCGCCUCAAUGCCACUACCAAUCGCUUCCACCGCCGCAGUUUGCUCCGCUUCGCCCCCGCCGAACCGCAACAUUUCACCGCAGCCCGGCGGAAAACUGAUCUCCCGCCGCAACGCCGUCCUUUUACUCUCUCCAGUCGCUCCCCUCCUCCCUUUUCUCCGCUUUCCAUCCGCAGCGUCGGCAUUAUCGCUUAGCUUCUCAGGACCAAAGCAGUGGCUUAAAGAGCAGAAGAAGAAAUCGGCUAAGUUCUUACUGGCUCCCGUUGAUGCCUCUCGCAAUACGCUCCAGGCGGCCCAUCUUUUGCUUGUGAAUGAUGGAAAUGACUUGGAAGAAACUCAGAGCUUGCUAAAGUCUGCUGCUAGGGAUUGCGUCCCUCGAGAUAGAAACUCAUUCGUUCAGUUUCAAUCCCAAACUGGAGUAGAGGUGUGCACAUUCCAGCUGAUUCUAAAGAAUGCUUCUUCUUUACUUGAUGACAAGGAUCUGCUAAAAAUGAAUGCUGAAUCCAAGCUCAAUGACCUAAUACGAUGCUUUGAUACGCUCAAUGGCAUGACAAGUAAACUUGAUAUUCAAGUUGCUUCCAACAGAAAGAAGAUAGUGGAUGCGCUUAAGGAGACACUAUUUUCUCUCGACAUGUUUGAACAGGGUGUCAAAGACUGCCUUGGAUCUUGAUCACUUAAAUUUGAGUAACGGAAAAGGGAAAGUGUUCCUAUAUCUGACAAAUUCCUAUGGUUUUUCGAAUGUAAUGGGUCAUUGCCAUCUGGAAAAUGUUCAUAACUGAAUUAUUGAUCUGCUGACAUGAUUUGUAAUUUAAUGUUUGAUAGGAGUAUUAAUCCUAGAGAGAAGUGAGAGCUAGAGAGAGAAAGUGAGUAAUGAUAUUUCUCAAUUUUGGAACCCCCCAUAAUUAGCCCCAUGGGGUCUAUUUAUAGGAAAAAAU